CCUACUUGCUCUUCGAAGUGGUGUGGAUGCUGCUAAACUCAGCUGCUGAACGCACAGGGUCUAUAGGUUGGCGAUUUAUAGAAGAGUCCCUGUCCGGACCAUUCAUGGCACACUGCGUAAAAUACAUAGAGGAAUGCACAGCAGUUACCGGGCUGGACUGAGGGAAACUGCGGGAGGACCAAAAAAACUGAUUUGGGAAAAGUAAAGUUGGACGCUGAGAGGAGCAGGUGGACCACUGGCAUAAGUAGCUUCAGCAUUUCAUCGCUUUUCCUUCCAACAGGUGACUGCCCCAGACGUUUGGAUGCAUUUAUCACUGGAUACCAUGAACAUGGUGGACGACAGCUGCCUCUCGCCCAGCAACUACCACGAAAUGGGGAAAGGCGGAGGCGCCACAGUCGGGGGCCGAGUCCACAGCAUUGAUGUCAUCCUGGGCUUCAAUAAAGACCAGGACCCCUUGCUAAGUCCUGCUGGGCCCACGGGGUCCCAGAAGAUGAGCAUAGAUGGGCUCGGAGAACAUAUAAAGCAGCAGGACCGCUUGUCUCACCCAUCCUACAGCGGACACCUUUCCUCUGUGAGAAACAGCAGCACACAGCAGCAGCAGUACCGAGAUGCUGGCUUGUACGCAAACAAGAGUGACGAGGAGCUGGGGGAGCUCAGGAAAAAUGUGGAGAGCAAUGAAGGCAAGUCUCCAGAGCCAUGCAAGGAUGAUCAACCCAAGAAGAAGCACAGACGCAACCGCACCACCUUCACCACUUACCAGCUGCACGAGCUGGAGCGUGCCUUUGAGAAGUCCCACUACCCAGACGUCUACAGUCGGGAGGAGCUGGCCAUGAAGGUGAAUCUCCCUGAAGUCCGAGUCCAGGUCUGGUUUCAGAACCGCAGAGCUAAAUGGCGUCGGCAAGAAAAAAUGGAUGCCAGUACCAUGAAGCUUCACGACUCUGCCAUGCUUUCCUUCAAUCGUUCGACUCCGGUUCACACCAGCAUGGGUCAAAUGACCAACUCCCUCCCGUUGGAUCCCUGGCUGACCUCUCCCCUGUCCAGUGCCACACCUGUCCAGUGUAUCCCAGGCUUCAUGGGUCCAGCUCAGGCCCUCCAGCCCAGCUAUCCCAGCCAUGGAUUCCUCAACAGCACGCACCAUGCUCCUCACCCGCACUCUCACCCUCAUCCUUCCACGGGGCAGGGGAUGCAGAGCAUGGCUCCCCCACCCUACCAAUGUCCAGCCCCAUACUCUGAUAAGUUCCCUCUGGAGGACGUAGAUCAGCGCAGCUCGAGCAUCGCUGCUCUGAGAAUGAAAGCCAAGGAACACAUCCAAUCUAUGGACAAGACCUGGCAACCCAUGUGACUAACACAUUUGACAGUCCAUUUUGACAAUCCUGGAAAAAAGGAGACAAUGAAAACACCCGUCAUGCCUGCUCGCCCAUAAAAUAAAAGUGAAACUGAGCUGUGAAAACUAAAGAACAUUUUUGGUACGUUUUAAUGUUUGCAAUUUUUUGCUCAUCUCCAAAACAUAAAAAUGAAACCACUGUGUGGUUGCAUAUUUGGUCAUCUAUUAUCCCUUCAUUCUGUUCAUGUUUUGUUCCCUGGAUGCUCAGGAAAUGCAGAAAUUCCUACUAUGGUUAUCACACCUUGCACCCAAGAAACUACUGGAAUUCCCUUUUUUAAAUUAAACACUCCUUUUAAAAACUCCUAGAGAAAUUCAUUCCCGCUCUUAAUGAACAUAUGAAGGUGUUUUACAAAGGUAUUCACACCACUUGAACAAUUUUUUCAAUCUGUCACGUUACGACAAACUGCAAUGUUUAUUACUGGAGUUUUACGUGAUAGGACUAUGCAAAGUAGCAUGAUGCUCCCACCAGGUUUGUGUUCAGGGUAAUGUGCUGUGUUAGUUUUUACUUCACAUAAUGUUUUGCAUCUGGGCUAAAGAGUUCAGUUUUGUUCUCAUCUGACCGGAGCACUUUUCUUCUAUAUGUUUGCUCUGUGUUUACAUGGCUUGCGGUAAACUGCAGGCAGACUUCUCAUAACUUUCUUUCAACAGUGCUUUUCUUCUUGCAAAUCUGCCAUAAAGGCUGGACUUGUGUAGUGUAUGACUAAUAGUCCUGUCAACACAUUCUCCCACCUGAACUGUAGACCUCUGCAGCUCCUCCAGAGUCACCAUUACGUCCACACAAGAGACACAUGUUAUUUGUUUUUUUCAUUUGCACUAAUUUAUAUUAAGGGGUAUCAGAGUAAAUGGGGUUUAAUACAAAUGUAUGCUACACUUCUUACAUUUGCAAGCUACUUUGAGUUGUUCUAUAACACAAAACCCCUGUAAAAUAAACCGAAAUGUACGCAUCUGAUGACAAAAAAAGGAAAGUGGGAUGAAUACUUUUGCAAGGCACUGGAGAAAGAGGAUGCGGAGGACCUUUAUAUUUUGGUAAACCUGAGGAUUUUCUUCAAAAUAAGGGUGAAAACUGUAAAUAACGUAAUAAUUUGGUGGAAUUAGCAAACAAAGAAGUGCUGCCACCCUUUUGAACCCAGGAAGGUCCUGGUUAUUUUCUGACAUUCUGCUUUAAAUAAGAAAGGGUGGGUUCAACCAGAUAGACUAGGAAAAUGUAUUCCUUUUUAUUGCUUGAGUGGCAGUUAGAGGUGAAAACUUGUUGGCAACUCAGUGCUAGUUGGUUGAAUGUACGUGCAGCGCAGCAGAAAGAGUCCUGUGUGAUGCGUCACCCUGCAUAGUUUGGUCUUUGUUUGACACAAUUGAUCCAAGUGUAUCCUCUUUGUCUGAGACUGAAGGGGGAGAAACGGUCUCAGGCUGGACUAAAUAGGCCUAUUUUGUCAUGGAAGUUUCUUUUAUUCGCCCUGUUGAUCAAACGACAAGAAACAUGGAUUGUAGGCUGCAGUCAUUAGGGACACAGAAUCAGUUUUUUACCAUUUUACCAUCUGUUACAGCUUUGAGCACUAAUUAUCUUUAAGGUAGAGAAGGUCAGUUGUAAAAAUCAAUAUGAAACAGGAAAGAUUACCUUUGAUUAUGAAUUGUCCCUGCAUCCAUCAAACUUGAAUAUGUACUGGUAGAACUACACUUGUUUUAACUUGAUAAUGGAAAAAGAGGGAGAGCAAAACCUGCAUUUUACAGUUCAAUCUCAGACACCCCUUCAUUCUUCUGUCAUUGCAUCUGUUUUGUUGUAAUAUAUCAUUUAAACAUGACUGCAAACAAAUAUGAUUCCAAUCUGUAGGUAUUUUGGUUACAUUUACUUUUCAUACUGCUUAGAGAGGGAAAAUAGUUUUGAAUCUGCUGCUCGUCUUUAGUUCUCAUGUAAUUUUCUUGUGUUAUUUGGUUAGUGGUAUUUUUACAGAAACCGAGAAUUACCUUUGCACAUUAAUAGGUUUCUUUAGGAUGUAACAAAAAUGUGAUUUUUGGACCAAGAACAAGCCAAAGUUUAGAUAGUGAUAAAAAAAAUUGCACUAGAAUUGUUUUUAGUUUUGUUUUUCUUUUCACUGUGAAAAUGUAAAAGAUGUUGUUAUAGUUAUAGUUAUAUUGUUUUAUUCCCUGUUUAUUAUGUCUAAAUAAUCGAUGUUCACAUUCUUGUAAGAACAAUAAAAAUAUAGUUUGAUAGAAA